CACGCAUGUGCCUCUCAUCUUCCCCUCAGCCCUCUUCCUCCUCCGUCAGGCACCUCCUCUUUCUGACUCUCUACACGGGUGGCCAGAGCAGCUCUGACCCUUCUGUCAGUUGGAAACUGCCAGUGACAGAGCACAGUGCAAGACCAAGGUUCAAGCCGGCCUGGUGAGAAGGAAGUGGAGACCGCCAGUGGGAAGGCGCUGAGGGGCCUGAUGGGGAACUGUCUGCAGAGGACAAGCAGUCUUAGGUGGCAGCUGGACGUGCAGGAAACAUCUUGGAAUCUGAGACUCCAAAAUGCCCAGGAGAGAACAUGCAGAUAUUUCAGGGACUGGAGUUGUUGUCACAUCGUUGAAGGAUGCUCCUGCCUUCCCUGGAAAAACAUAAGCACAUUUAAAGCCAGACAAAAGUCUCCGAAGCAAAAUGAAGGGAUGACUCCGGCUCCGGUUCAGCAGGACAAUGCUAAUGAGACCUACACAGAAGAGUUGUGCUACAUCCUCGUGGAUCACAAGUCCCUCAGGGGAAGGCCAUCAGUGAACCCCGCUGAGGGAUACUAUGAGAACAUCUCUAACAGGGCUGAGAGACACAGAGAGUCUUCAAGAGGAACAGAGACUGAGUAUUCAGUCCUCCGUUUCCCUUCUACCCCUCAGCCCCUACCUUCCACAGAAGAUGAGUAUGAACUUCUUGUGCCCAGCAGAUUCUCCUCAUAUGCCAUUCAACAGUCACAGUCACUUACAGCCCCCUAUGAGACCCACUUUUCUCAUCUACAAUGAAGUGACUAGGGUAGUGUCUGUUGACAGAUAAAUGGAGGAGUUAGGGACUCUAGGCAAAGCAGCCAUUGGUCACUGAGCGCCUUCGUUUAUUUCUUCUGAGGACCUUGGCAGGGCAGACUCUGCAAACCACAGAGCCUCUGAGAGUCUGACAAUAGGCAAACAUUCAAAAAUUAGUCAACUCUCUUGAUCAUCGCAUUGAAAAAAAAAAAGGAGUGACCACCUUUGUUUCUAAGUGGUGUUAAAAAUAAUUUGUGGUAGGAAGGGCUCCCGGUAUCGACACUGGGGUAUACCACAAAAGGCUCUGCUCUUCUCAGUAAGUUCUUAUGAAUUGUCCCACAACUGUACUCUGCAGUCAGGGGAAAUUUACUCAUCAUGUUCCAUAGCUCCAGAGAGAAUGCCCUCAUCAUCACUGUUAAGUUCCAGCUCAGUACCACUUGCUGUGAACACAGGCAAUAUGCCUUGUAUUCCAUGAGUCUAACACGUGUCCUCAACACAGUGUCCUUGGCCUCAUGGUCCCCACGGCUUGGAAUUUCCUGUACCAUCAUUAAUAUAAUUUUUAACUAUAUUUUUUUGAGUUUGUCUUUCUCCUAUGUCUCCUAUGGUGCACCACCACCACCACCACCCCGCGACCCCCUUCCCCACCAAGCGAUCUGCCAUGAAGAGACGGCUCAAAUGCUGCCACAUAAAUCUCAGUAGAAUGCCUUCCAAGUCAGUGAUGCCGCUGUAUGCUCUAUCUGGUACAGUAAAUUUCUCCAUAAGUGUCCACAUGGGAAAAGUAAUACACCUCUGUGUGCACCCCUCUA